AUGGGUGAUUGUGAAAUGGCCGUGGUUGGUAACUACCUGGCUAAAGACAUCGCUGUUAAUGCUACAUAUAGGGCCGGCGCGAUGGACGGCUGCUACGUGCCCAACAACCCGCAGUUCGGCCUGUCGGAGGCGGCGGCCUGGGGGCUCGACGACAUGGGCUCCUUCUCGCUGCCCGCGCUCGACCUCGACCCGCUGCCCAGUCUGCUGCCGUUCAGCCCCGCCGCCUACAAGACGGAGAAGCAGCCGCACGACAUGGCGGACGUGCUGCUGUCGCUGAAGCACGCCGUGGUGCACCCGGGCCAGGUGGGCGGCGGCCCGCUGUCGCCGGGGCUGCCCGCCGAGACAGUAACGAGAGGCGCGCGCCGUGUGCUCUGUCCUCAGGAAGCGUUUGACAGGUGCUGCCUGUUUUCACCGUCCGAUGCAAGCUUUUCCUGCCGCCAGAUGCUGUCGCCCGGCGGCGGCUACGGCGGCUCUCAGUUCUGCGAGCAGAACGGCUUCUGCCAGGCCACGCCAGCGCCGCAGCAGCACAACAUGUUCCCCAGCAUGAGCGUCAACGUCUCCAUGAACAUGACCAUGCACGGCUACCCGCCGCCCGACAACAUGGGCUGUUCACAGAUGCAGUGGGCGCCCGGGCCGACGGCGUCGCCGGUGUACCCGAUGCAGACCGCGCAGGCGCAGGCGCUGCUGAGUCCGCAGGGCUACGGCGGCGGCGCCACCUACUCCUUCACGGCCGACUUCCGACCGCCGGCCCAGCAGCAGCAGCCGCAGGUCCCCGCUGCCGCACCCACCCAGCCCACGCACCAGGUGACAGUUUCAGAGAAAACAGGUCACCUAACACCAGCCAUGCCGAUAAGAAAGACAAGCACGGCCGAUGCGCCUGACAGUUCGAUGUCGGAGCCACCGCCCUGGACUCCAAAUGCUAUCGCCUGCCCGCAGCCGACUCCAGCCGUCUGCCCAAAUUCACCUGCCUGGUGGCUGUCAGAGCCAGUCACUGCAAGAGAGAGCUGCUACAGUGAGGGCGUCGUGUGUUGCGAGGUGGUGGGAGCGGCGCCGACGCUGCCGGUGCUGACUGCCGACAUGGCGUCGCCGGCGUCGCGGGCGUCGGUGGGCGUGGCCCCGCGCGCCUCCCCUCGCCGCUUCCCGCCCCCGCCGGGCAAGAUGGCCGCCACCAUGACGCUGUCCGCCUCUGUAUCCCCUCCGCCGCCUCCGCCGACCCACGUUCUUGAUGAGUCGCAGCGGCCGAACCUGUGCCGCAUCUGCGGCAAGACGUACGCGCGGCCGAGCACGCUGAAGACGCACCUGCGCACGCACUCCGGGGAGAAGCCGUACCGCUGCGGCGACUGCCACAAGUCGUUCAGCCAGGCGGCCAACCUGACGGCGCACGUGCGCACGCACUCGGGCGAGAAGCCGUUCCGCUGCGCCAUCUGCGACCGCCGCUUCUCGCAGUCGUCGUCCGUCACCACGCACAUGCGCACGCACUCUGGCGAGCGGCCGUACCGCUGCCGCCUCUGCCGCAAGGCCUUCUCCGACUCGAGCACGCUCACCAAGCACCUGCGGAUACACUCCGGCGAGAAGCCUUACCAGUGCAAGCUGUGCCUGCUGCGCUUCUCGCAGUCCGGCAACCUCAACCGCCACAUGAGGGUCCACGGCGGGGGCGGCGGCGGCGGCGGCGGGGGCGGCAUCGCGGCCGGCGCCGGCGGGGGCGGCGUGCCCGCCUGA